UUAUAAGCAAUAGUUCUCCUAAUAUCCUCACUAAUAAGAUUACUCCACAUGUUCCGCACGGUCUAUCAGAAGGGUUGUUUCUCUAUCCUAUACAGUGUGGGCGGUAAUCCUUUGAAGCUAUGGACAACACAUACAAAAAACGGUUACGUCAAACGUGUAUAUGAUGAAGAUAUUAAGUCCUUGGUUUUGGAAAUAAUGGGAACAAACGUAUCAACCAUGUACAUUUCAACACCCAGAGGCAAUAAUCAGCAACUGGGUAUAAAAUUGCCUUUUCUCGUGUUAUUAAUUAAAAAUAUGCAUAAAUAUUUUACGUUCGAAGUUAAAAUUGUUGAUGAUCAGCGUUUUAUGCGCCGUUUUCGUGUAUCAAAUUUCCAAAGUAAAACUUCAGUUAAGCCAUUUUGCACCUCUAUGCCCAUGGGCAUGUCCCCCGGCUGGAAUCAAAUACAUUUCAAUUUGGCUGAUUUCACAAGACGUGCUUAUGGUACUAACUACAUGGAAACUGUACGCUUACAAAUUCACGCCAACGUGCGUAUACGACGCAUCUAUUUCACAGAUCGUCUAUAUCAAGAGAGCGAAUUGCCAAAUGAGUACCGUUUAAUUGGCCAACCGAAGACUAAGAAGCCAAUAAGUUGGCGCGUUCCGGCUGCCCGACCUCCAUCACCGCAAACUAUUCGCGGGGCUACUGCCAGAAGCGCAAAAACAACAACUCCAGCACCUGAAGUUAAAAAGGAGGAACUAAUUGAGGAAGCACAACUACAACCACCACCACAACCACCGCAAGAGGAGAAAAUCGAGUAA